AUGAUUGACCAUGUACUUGGCCGUCCGUCGGCGAAGUCUCGCCGGCUGCAAGUCCUAGCAGUUCUAUCAUUUUGGACAUUUUAUCUCUUCAAAGGGAAUAAACAUGGGCCUCCCGGCGCGCGCAUACUCUCCAAGAUCUUCUCCAAGUCGCUCACCGCUUGGCAGACUCUUGUAGCCACCUUCCUUUAUAUCUACGCCGCCCGAAACUUUUCCACUCUAGUGGGCUUGUCAAGCCCGGACCCCAUGUCCAAUAUGUACGAUGCCACCUUUUUCCGAGCCACCUGGGUCUUGACGGCCCUGGAUGCCGGCUUCUGGACUGCGAUGAGGAUCCGCUCGCGGCGUCUCCGGGAUCUGGCGAGUAUCGUAUUCUCAGUCUUUUAUCUGAUCGCGGCGGAGAAGGCCGACGAAAAGGUGCGCAAGGUUCGAAGUAUGAUCACGAGCGACUACAAGGAGCCGAUUUCCGCCUGGCUCUAUUACGACGGGCCACUCUCUGACCUUGAGCACCACACCAAGAUCGUGUUAGACAUACCCGGAGGAGGCUUCGUUGCGAUGGAUCCGAGAUGCAAUGACGAUAAGCUAUUUUGCUGGGCUGCAAAGACGGGGCUUCCCGUACUCGCGCUUGACUACAAGAAGGCGCCCGAGUUCCCGUACCCAUUUGCCCGUCCCCGAUGGGCUGGUGCUUUCUAUCCAGCGCUCGACAUGAAUAUCGGCAACUGGAUGUCGGCGGAACAGAUGGCUCUCAUCCGGGACCGCCAGUUCCGGAAGCGCAACCGAAGCAUCAUGCGGCGCAAGGCGAGACAAUACACGGAUAUUGCCUUGACGCCCCAUCACUCGGACAACGAGGACGAGGAUAUACCCAAGCGCAACUCUGAGGAUAGCGGGUCCCUAUCCAUCCAAAUCCCAGCGGGACCUCAGUCUCCUGAGGCGCUCCGGAGCCCUCAUCCAGAGUAUUCCCACGGCGGGCCGCUCCUCAUGCAUACGCGACUCGCAGUAUCAUCCAUGAUCUCGUACUUCAACGACCGCGUGAUUACGCCUGAGAUGAUGCGGGCGAUGAUUCUUCUGUACAUUGGACCCCACAAUAGCCCCGACUUUUCAUCAGACUACCUGUUGUCACCAGUACUUGCCCCCGAUGCUCUUCUCGCGCACUUCCCCAAGACGUGGUUCCUCACUGGCGAGCGUGACCCUCUCGUGGACGACACCGUCGUCUUUGCUGGUCGGCUCACCAAGGUGAAGGAGGCAGUUUCGGAGCAAAAGGCGCGAGAGCUUGGGGUCUCGAUCCCCAAGUUCGACGUGAAAGAUGCAGCCGAGGUGAUAUUGAUUCCGGGCAUCUCCCACGGCUUCCUGCAGUUCCCAACCGUUUACCCACCGGCGUGGAAGCACCUGGAGCGCUCGGCAGGGUGGAUCCAGGAUCUCUUUGUCUACGCCGAGCGUCCGCGCGAGCGACACCACGUACGUCACGAGUCGUCGGGUGACGAAGACAGGCCGCUCGAGAUGGCCAUGACGAGGAUGCGGGUCAGGUCGCCACCCAAGUCGGUAGCCGCGCAAGCAGCUGCUGCCAGCACAGGAACCAACGGGGCUCACAAUGGCACAGAGGAAGAGGAGGAGGAGGAGGAGGACGAUGGCGAACUGGGCUCUUUGCCUAGGGCGAAUGGGCGUGGGCGCACCAAGAAAACGGGACGACGGGGUGGGCGAGGCUCCAAGUCUGGAAGCCUGGUCAAGCUGAAUAGCGAGGAAGACCUCUUGGGUCGAAGAAUGAAGGGGCUUACGAGCGGUUUGGCAGGCGGACUCGAGGACGAUUCUUGA